AUGGUAUAUCAAGAAAUGACUGAAACAUUGUCUGUUGAAGAAGAAUAUGAGGUAGAAAAGAUUAUAGAGAAGAAAGAAGAAAAUGGAAUUGUUUAUUAUCUUCUCAAGUGGAAAGGCUAUGAUGAUAUACAUAAUACUUGGGAACCUUCACACCAUCUUGAUUGUCCAGAAUUAGUAAAGCAGUUUAACCGGGAGCAACGUGUGAAGUUUAUAAAGAUUAUAAAGGAAAAUGUCUCCAGCUCCAAUUCACCAAAACCACCUAAAAUUUUGGUGGAUUUUCAUUUCUUUCAUUUAAACGUUUGGAAUCGAGUUUUUAUUAGAAAAAAUUCGACGAAAUCUAAAAAUUGUGCUACUAAACCUUCAGCACGUUCCAAAACUGCGAAUGAGUUGGCAUUUGAAAAUUUCCUUGCAACUUAUUCACAUGAUGGACCACCGAUUUCCGUUAUCAAUGAUGUUGAUGACCAAGGGGUUCCACCAGAUUUCAAAUAUGUUGAUCAUUAUAUCUAUGGAGAAGGAGUUCCAUGUCAGGAAGAACAGGUUGAAACUUUAGUAGGCUGUGACUGCUUGGACGGUAUUUGCAAAGGAAGCAAGUGUAAAUGUUUAAAAGAACUUAAUGGAGGCAAAUUAAACUACUCACGAGAAACUAGCCAAGUUAAGAUCGCGCCUAGGCAUAUCAUCCUCGAAUGUAAUUCAAAAUGCUCUUGUGGUAUAAAUUGCAUUAAUCGUAUCUCCCAACAAGGUCGCAAAGUUCAUUUGUCAAUCAAAAGGUUUGCGGAAAAAGGAUGGGGAGUAAUUGCCACGAAACGAAUUGAUGCAAAUAUGUUUAUUACAUAUUACUAUGGAGAAAUCAUAACAUCCGCCGAAGCGGACCUUCGUGGAAGCAAAUAUGAUGAAGUUGGUCGAACCUAUUUAUUUGAUCUUGAUUUUUGUGAUGAUGGCACAAAUGAGAAUUCCAAAUGUCUUUACACAAUUGAUGCGUGGCGUUAUGGAAAUAUUUCACACUUUUUCAAUCACUCUUGUGAUCCGAAUCUCGUAGUUUAUCCAAUAUUGAAUGAUAAUGGUGAUAUCAGACUUCAUCAUAUUGCUUUCUUUUCUAAUCGAGUUAUAGAAAAAGGUGAAGAACUUACGUUCAACUAUACUGGAUCAUUUGAACGACAUGAUGCUGAUAAUGUAUUUGAAUCGGAUGGAAGUUUUAGGUUAGAAAUUAUGGAUAAAUAUAAGUGCAAAUGUGGGUCUAAACAUUGUCGAGGAUAUUUUCAUGCAAUUUAG